CGGAGGGAGUAAACAAAAGCGGCAGACUCAGUAAUCUGCCUCCUAAUCAACCGAUUCAAGCUAAGCCAUCACAGUGACUGACUGAAUGGUGUCAUGGACUACCAAGAUGGUGGUGAAAAAUGAAUAUGUACUCCCAGUUUGGCGAAUGGACAUUAGGCGUGAUGAUGUCACAUUUGGGAUUAGUGGCUCAGCUUAACAACUAAAAUCAUAGCGUCCGCUGCGCUAUGUAGCCACCUCUCUAUAGGGACAGUUAUGUCGGGUGUCGUCCUCCUCCUGGUCUCCUUCUCCUCCCCUGUGGUCAUGGCGCCUCCUCCCAACGCUCCCUGUAGAAAAUGCUGUGACCACAUGUCGCCAGCAGAGGGCAGCGGAGAUCAUCCAACAAUGGGAGAGUUCAGCCAUGUCCCAGAGAUUCGCACCUACAUCAACAUGACUAUACUGAAAGGUGAUAAAGGAGAUCGUGGGGAUAGAGGAACCCCAGGAAAAGUUGGACAUGAAGGCCCUCCUGGGGCCCAAGGAGUAGCAGGGUCGAGGGGCAGUAAGGGCCAGAUGGGCCCUCAAGGAGACCCCUGCAAACUUCAGUACUCCGCCUUCUCUGUCGCUCGUCGUAAGUCCCUGCACAGCGACGACGCUUACCAGGCGGUGAUAUUCGACACGGUCUUCGUCAACCUAGACAACAGCUUCGACAUGUUCCAGGGCAAGUUCCUCUGCCGGGUCGCUGGCGUCUACUUCUUCAACGUCAACAUCCACACGUGGAACUUCAAGGAGACGUAUCUGCACAUCAUGCAGAACGACAUGGAGCGGGCAAUAGUGUACGCCCAGCCCAGCGACCGCUCAAUCAUGCAGAGCCAGAGCAUGAUGCUGGAGCUGCAGCCCGGCGAUGCCGUCUGGACGCGCCUGUUCAAGAGGGACAGGGAGAACGCCAUCUACAGCGAUGACGUAGAUGUUUAUAUCACUUUUAAUGGAUACCUCAUCAAACCCAGCGGGGAUUAAGACAAAGAGGGAAGGGCCGAUGAGAACAACAGAAUGUUUUAAAUAUUAAUAGAGCUUCCAGUAAUUUGAUAAAGUAUUCACACCAUUGGACAUUUUUCACACUCUGCCAUAUUACAACCACGAACUUCAAUAAAUUUUGAGAUAAACCAACACAGAGUGAAAAUUUCUAGGACGUUUUACUACAAUUGCAGCUGCAGUUUUUGUCAAGCUUUGCACAUUUAAUGAGUGAAACUCUGACAAUCUUCCCCAUUCUGCUGAAGGGAUGCGUCCCACAGCAUAAUGCUGGCACCACCAUGUGUCAACAUGGAGACAUUGUGGUCAGGGGCAUGUACAGUGUUAGUUUACCACCACAGCAUUUUGCAGGUGCAGAAAUAUAUAAAUAUAUAUUUUAUAGAAAUAUAUGUUUUGAUCUUAUCUCAUCAAAGCAUCUAAUCAAAGCACCUUAAUCAUAUUUUGGUAACAUCCAAUCUAAUGAACAGAUUAAACUCUGUCAGUAUGGUAUAAAAUAUGUUUGGUUUUUUUUUUUGGUAGCCUACCAAGGAUACUAUAAGACUUCACCACACACCCCAUGACUUACACCUUCAGACCUGUAAGUAUAGGAGAAAUGUUCUGCUAUCAAGAAAUCCAAAUGUCAUAAACAUGUCCUCUAUUUAAGACCCACUGAAACUUUCUCCCUGACCUGUUAUUUAGGGGUACAGAGUAAAGAGGGUAAAUAAAAAAAUCAGGCCACACUUUAAAUUUGUUGAAAUUUGUUACAUUUGUUUUCAACAUUUUUUCAGUCAUUUUGUUUUGUCUCCCUUUCCUUUCACUUCCAGCUUAUUCACUGUUUUGUGUUGGUUUAUCCCAUACAAAUCUAAUUCAAAACAAUGAAGUUUAUUAUUGUGACAUGAAUAAAUGUGGAAACCUUUGCAGCAAAGUGUUUUUCCCGUUUUGUGGGUGAAGUUUGGAUUAAAAGAAGGAAACAAAAAUGUAACACGUUGUUUAAACUUUUUCUAGGGUUCUGUUGAAAUCUUAGCUUGGUUAAAAUAGGUUGACUGUCAUAUUCUUCCUCUGUAGACCAGGAUGGACUACAGAGUAUUGGUGGUUCAUGUUUUGAGUACAAGCUUCUUCCUCCAGCUGGCAACUUCCUACUUUAUUCUGGAAUGCAGAAACCAAAAUUAAUUUUUAAUUUGUACCCUUAGAGUAAAAUAUCCAUAAAGGCUUCAUGUUUACUGUGUUGCGGCCAUUUGGGUAACCUUACUUGAGUAGAGAAGCCACUGAAUGCAGCAUAACAGUGUCAGUUUGAGGAAAUUUUACCCACAGCUGUAAAUUCAUACUGGGAAGAAGAACUGUUGUUCUCUGUCUCUGGGGUGUUUUGACCAAAGCUCAUUACAGACAUUUCAGCACAACCUCAGGAAAGCGUGUCAUGUUGUAAAAGGAUGGUUAGCAAACCUCAGCCAACACUAAUUCUUCUAUAUUUAACCUUCGUGUUGAACAUUCUUUUGAGGCUUUUUAAAAGUCUUUCCGUCUAUUGAUGAAGACUAAGGACUGAGAAAUAAAUAAAUAAAUAAAUAAAAAAAAAUAAAAAAAUAAAAAAAUAUAUAUAUAUAUAUUUGUGCAUGCUGCUGGUAACAAACUGUCUAAUUUAGGAUAAUCUUUGCUAAAUUGUCCGUAUGUUCACAGAACACUAUUUCAUCUAUCAGGUUAGUGCAUUUUCACAGAUCAGGAGCCAGAAAUAAAAAUUUAGUCUUUCCAAAAAAAUGUUAAUAAACAAAAUUUAUGUGCCUAGAAAUUACUUUCUGCUUUAUUCCUGCUAAUUAUAUUUGUGUGAACAAUAGACACCAGGCCCUUAAAACUAGAAACUCCUGCUUUGUUGUCAACUGUUAUCAAAUAAAGCCCAACUUUCUUGCAAAUAAACUGUUUAGCAGACAUGUAAAUAUAUGAUAAAGGAAAAUGAGAAUUACAAACAGUUAUUUGUGUUAUUUACUCUGUGACAGAUGAGUGACAGAUUAUGAACAUAAGGUCGGACAUGAAUAAAUUGACUUUAUUUAUUGGACUCAUCAUGAAAUCUAAAAUCUAUAUCAGUUUACGAUUUUAUUAUUAUGAUCUUUGUUCCAACAACAAAGCAAAUAUGCUUUUUUUGCAAAUAGGUCUUGGAGUUGAUAUUUCCAAAGCCAAAAACAAUGUAACUUCAAUCAAAUGACUAGUGAUUUGUUUUUACUGCCCCUCCAAUAAAAAUUAUUUAAUGAAAUCAAA